CGUUGACUCGUCCAGUUGGGCAGAUCUACUUCGCUGGAGAAGCGUGGCUAACAGCCUGAUCUGUGAAGUGCUAAAGAAUUUUUAAUUUGUUUCCAUUACUCUUGUGGCUGUUGCAUUCGGUGCGUUCGUUUGACGGAUAAAAGUCACUAUCGCCUAACCAACCAGCAGCGAUGAUUCCACCGCAAAAUCUUUUGAACGGCAGCCUAGCUCUAUGCUGCUUGAUUUUGUACUUCAUACAAAUUGAGUCCAUACACACCGAGGAGGGCCUAGAGCUCUUAUUUCGUGAAAGAUCCCAAUCAGAUUGGCAGAAUGUAUGGCAUCAGGAGACACAUUCCCGCUGCCGAGACAAAUUAAUACGCCAACUGUAUUGGGCCUGCGAGAAAGAUAUAUACCGACUAACACGACGCAACCGCAAGCGAACUGAGGAUGAAACAAUACACAAACGAAGCAAACCCAUAUCUCAUACGUGGCUACAAUUGGAUUAUGUCAAUACAAUGCUACGCACUCGGCGUGCGGAUGCACCAUCGAUUACGAAUGAGUGUUGCACCAAAGUUGGCUGCACCUGGGAAGAGUACGCCGAAUAUUGCCCCUCGAAUAAGCGUCGCAAUCAUUACUGAGAUGAGGAGAAAGCCAAGGGGUUUGGCGAAAUCGAUUAAAUGAGAAAGAUAUGGGAAAGGCCCUACUAAUUUUCUACGUAAAACCGUUUUCAUUAAAGGAGAUAUGCAUAGAAUGUUCGAACUACAAAAAAUAAGCACUAAACAACAAACCGCACACUCUCUUCAAAAGAGGCACAGCUCAAAAAUUAAAUCCGAAAAUUUACAAGUAAAUGCUUGUGGAUAGUACAGUCGAACACAGUUAAUACAAAAACCGCCAAAAAUAUUUACAUUAAUUGGAAAUACAACUAACGAACAGAUUGAAAAAAAAUUAAAGUAAAUUUUUGCCUCUUUUGAAGAGCGUGUGCGAUAUGCUUACGUAUGUAAUACGAGUGUAACCGAAAUGUACAGAUAUUAUGAAAGAGUUGUUG